AGCGAGAACACGCGGCUGGCCACCCGCUACGCCGUGCGCAUCUUCCGCGAGUACCUGAGCGAGAAGGCGCAGAGCCCCGACUUCGAGACCAUGGACAAGGGGGCGCUGUGCCGGGUGCUGCGCUCCUUCUACGCCGAGGCGCGCUCCAAGAGCGGACAGCUCUACUCCAAGUCGUCCCUCAUCAGCAUCCGCAGUUCCCUCAACCGCUACCUCAACGAGCCGCCCUACUGCCGCACCCUCGACCUCACCAAGGACCCCGAGCUGCGCGCCGCCAACCUGACGCUGGCCGCCGUCAUCCGCAAGCUGGAGGAGCAGGGUGCGGGGCCAGUGGUGCAGAAGCAGGCCAUCACCCGCGCGGACCUCCGCAAGCUCUACACCUGCAGCGUCUUCAGCACGCAGAGCCCUUUCGGGCUCCUCAACAAGGUCUGGUUCGAGACCUGCAUGUACUUCUGCACGCGGGGCCGGGAGAACCAGCGGGAGCUGGAGGAGGACUCCUUUGGGCUGGCGGUGGACGAGGACGGCCGCAAGUUCGUCUACUUCAAAGCGCUGGGGCCCUACCACAAGUCGCGCUCGUCCUCCUGGAGCAAGAAGCGAGCGGAGAGCAGUGACGAGGAGAACCUGCCCCGCAUGUACGAGACUGGCACCGAGUUCUGCCCCUACGCCAGCUUCGUCAAGUACCUCUCCAAGCGUAACCCCCUGUGCAAAGCCUUCUUCCAGCGCCCGCGGGACCACUGCAGUGAGGGCGACGUCACCUGGUACGAGAACAAGGCCAUCGGCAAGAACCUGCUGGGCACCCGCAUGCAGAUGCUCUCCAAGGCCGCCAAGCUCUCCAAAACAUACACCAACCACUGCAUCGGCGCCGUCUCCAUUGCCACCCUCAACAGCAUCGCCGGCAUCGGCACCAAGCUGGGGGGCCGCCGCCGCCCCAUCACCACCCUGCUCCCCAUCACCACCACCACCACCACCACCACCUCCUCCACCACCCCGCUGGCGGGACCUGCUAUGCCUCCGCCGCCCUCAACGGUGGGCCGAGGCCCCGGCCGCCCACCGCCAACCCGUAUGUGCUGCCCAAAGACGGCGACGCUGCGCCGGUGAAGGCGGAAGCGGCCGCGGUGGCCCCGGCCAAGCGA